CUUCCUACAUUUCUCUAUCUUCUCCCUAUUAUGACAAAUAUGAGUUUUUUCGUGGUCGGCAACUCCACUUUUGGUGAAUCGGAGGGAAGCAUCUCCCUCUAGGACUAGAAGUAGAGUCCUGGUGUCAGAAGCUGGAGAAAUUGAAGGUCAAAGGAGUUGCGAACAAGCCAAGUCUACUCCAAAAACCAUUUCCAGAUUUCCGGCAAGCUUGUAAGCAAAUUUCCAGAUUUUGCUAUAGCCGAUUGAAAACCCAGCGCUGUGUCCGAGCCCAUACAAAUCCCUGUUCUCAAUUCAAGCCUCAAGGUUCAAUAUUGCUUCAAUCUUACAAUUAAGCAAUGGAAGCUGGUUUCUCUGCUUGAAUGCAACUCGCUUCUUUUGAAGUGGUUCAAGUUUCCAUAGCUGGGUUAUUUCCCCGUUUCAAUUGUAUUGAAGUUCUUGGAGCUCUCAAACUUCAGCUAGACACAUUUCAUACUGGUUAUUGUUGCUAUCUUUAUCUUGUGGGUUCUCAUUGGACCAGGGGUCUGAAGUUCAGUUCAUCAAUGCUGUUGUUUUGAGCUUUUGAUAGUAAAGGUGAAGCCGUAAGAAGCACACUUACUUUUUCAUUGUUAUAAUGGCUUCAUCAUCGGAUCGGUUUAGUAUUGAACUUCAACAAGUUGAGCAAAGUAUGAUUGACCAAGAGGUGUUGAAGGAGUGCGUCGAUGGAGUUGGAAACCGGACACCUGAGGUAGAAGCCCCUACCCAUCAUUCUCCCACCUUGAUCCAGCUUUCCCCCAAUUUGUCCUAUCAGCUGCCACGCCAGGGAGUGCCAAAUGGUCGUCUAAUCCGCAUUCAAUUCUGGCCUCCUCCUCCGCCCCGUGAUGAUUAUAGGGCUACUGUGAGGUAUAUAGAAUACGCAAGAAGUCAACUUAAGAAUGGAAUCGUUUCACAACAAAUGGUAGAUUCGGCUAAGGAAACGGUACGCCGCCUUAGAUCGAAAGGAUAUUCCAACUUAGAUGAGGAUGAAGCAAUCACUCUAAAGGACAGCAUUCACUUCCUUGGUAGGCUAGAAAGCACCCCCUCUUUCUUUAGGGAGAGGUUUCUUAAAUUUGCUGAAGACAUUCCAAGCCGUGUCCGCUGCCUCCGUCAAAUGCAGGAAACAUUGAUUGAUCAGCCAAAUCUUGUAGAGCAAGAGAGACAAUGCAUAGCCGAAAUUCAGAACAGAAUGCAAGCCCGCGCUCUAAGAAACCAACAGUUGGAUGAGGAAGAAGUGACGGUCACUUGUGAGAGGGCUAAGAGAGAAGAGGAGAGAGAGGUUCUAAUCACCAGAUUGGAGGACAUUCGCCGCAAUGUGACUGAGACUUCCACAGCCUUGUCUUAAAUAGAUGGUGGGAGGAUCUGAAUUAAAGUAUGAACAUUUUGCUGCAAAUUGACUUUUUAGUCUUGUAUUGGAUUGUUAGGAGGAUAUGGUUCCCCUUUCUACUGAUCUUUCUAACAUUUGGAUUGUAAUGUUUGGCCGAGUUUGUCUACUGUUUUCUGAGAAAGAAAUGCAUAUAAGAUCACAAACUGGUCUUAUUCGCUGUAUGUUUUUGCACAACUAUGAUAUAAUGUAGUAACAUUUAUUGUUUGA